AUGAGCGAUCCAUUAAUUCUACAGCAAACGCUUUUUCACACCAUUUCUCGGGCAUUAGAGAAUUUCAAGAAGAUCGGAAGAAACAAUUAUACGCCCGCAACGAUUCGCUCUCGAAUGACGUCCCUCAAGGAAACCUGGAUGCAGUGCCGUCAAACUCAUGCAGCGAUACUCCAAGCGUACGCUGAAGCAAAGAGGGAGAAGAUGGAGUAUUUUCAAGCCAACAAGAUGGAGAGUCAUGAGGAUCUCUAUCAAGCAGCAAUAGACUAUAUGACGAACUGCCUCGAGGAAUCAGAGCCGACUGUGAGUCCGAACCAAUCUAUCAAUUAUUCAACGAAUCAUGCGGAUUCUGCGGCGCUUUCGUUACAGCAUCUCCCAGCCAUUCAAUUACCAUCCUUUAACGGGAGCUUCGACGAAUGGGAGAGCUUUCGCGAUCGCUUCACGGCUUUAAUUAUAAAUAAUAAGGAGCUCUCAGAUUUUAGUCGGAUGCACUUUCUCGUUUCAAAUCUCACCGGAUGUGCUCACAACGCGAUAGCCAGUUUAUCAGUGACCGCGGAUAAUUUCAACAUUGCGUGGACAGCGUUAAGGGCGCGCUUCGAAAAUAAGCGCCGUUUAAUCGAGAUGCAUGUAUCUACCUUGUUCUCGUUACCAACCUUGUUACGCGAAUCAUCGUCCGAAUUGUAUGCGUUGCGCAAUAAAGCGGAAAAAGCUAUCGAGUCGUUAAAGCGAUUAAAUCGAUCCUCUACCGAUAUUCUCGAUGACAUCCUCGUUCACUGCAUAUCUCAAAGGCUUGACCAAGCCACACGACGCGCUUGGAAACUAAAGUUUAACGAAGCAUCUCCUCCCGCGACGUACGACGAAUUACUGACAUUUUUAUCAUCGCGCGCGAGUGCACUUGAGGAACUCAAACCGAUUAAAGGGUCAAGUUCAAGUCGCGAAAAUAAAGUAGCCAGUGCUAAUGCGUCGGUAGCGGCGACUCCUAUGUGCGGGCUGUGUAAAAACCAGCAUUUCCUCAAUCAUUGUCCAAAAUUCCUCGACAAAAGUGUGAGUCAACGUCGAGAGUAUGUAAAACAAAACAAACUUUGCUUUAAUUGUCUACGCAAAAAUCAUUCCGUGGCAGAAUGCCGCAGUAAAUUCGCUUGCCGUACUUGUCAAAAGAAACAUCAUACAAUGUUACAUGUCGACUCACACUCCUCGUCGAAUACGAAUCAAGCGACAACUUCGAGCGAAAAUUCAGUGCAGACUAGCGAAAAUUCACAAGUCAUUUCUCUUUCGGUGGUUUCGAGCGACGCGUCGCCAUUACCUGUUCUCCUCGCGACGGCGAAAAUCAAGGUAAGCUCUCCGACGGGACGCACUCAAACCGUCAGAGCCCUGUUGGAUCAGGGUUCGGAAGUAUCUUUUAUUACAGAAAGACUCGCUCAAGGCCUGCGAUUACGACGCAUUCGGACAAUGACGUCGAUCUCAGCUGUUGGUGGUGUUCACGCUGGCAUGUGCCGACAUGCAGCUAACAUCCAACUUACUUCCCGCAUAAAAUCGGGGCCCGUAUUCAGCACUCAAGCUUUUGUUAUGCGCUCUUUAACAAAAUACACUCCACGACGGGCACAAUUCAGUAAGUCAUGGGAGCAUUUACGAAAUCUCAAUCUUGCAGAUGACGAUUCAACGGGAUCCGAUCCUAUUGAGGUACUCAUAGGGGCCGAUCUAUAUAGUAGAGUAAUUCGAAACGGCGUUCGCAAAGGAUCGAUCGGACAGCCUAUCGCGCAGAAUUCUUAUUUCGGCUGGGUCCUAUCGGGACCAACUACUACUCAAAGUUCAAGAUCUAGCUCAAUCAAGAAAGAAUACAAUUCAUUCCUAUUAGAGUAUGAGGAACUCGGACAUAUGAAAAAGGUUUCUGUUUCUUCGAAAUCAACUUCUGUCCCACAAACCGUUUAUAUUCCGCACCAUGCAGUUGUGCGCAAUUCAAGUUCCACGACACGUCUUAGAGUCGUUUUCAAUGCAUCAAGCUUAACGUCAAACGGAAGCUCCCUCAACACUCAUCUGUUGCAAGGUCCUAAGCUUCAAACGAAUAUAUUCGAUAUAAUCCUUCGCUGGCGACAGUAUCAAUAUGUCUAUACGGCAGACAUUGCCAAGAUGUACAGACAGAUCGUGGUCGAUCCACGUGAUCAAGAUUACCAACGAAUCUUAUGGAACACUGAAGGCUCGAAAAUACCACAAGCAUUCCGAUUAAAAACAGUCACUUACGGGACAGCAUCAGCUCCAUUUCUUGCACUUAGAGUGCUAAAACAACUUCUGCAUGAUGAAAGAGAAUCUUUUCCAUUGGCCUCUUCCAUUCUAAGAGACCAUAUUUAUGUCGACGAUGUUCUUUUUGGAGCCGAAGAUAUUCUUUUGUUGCGUCAAAAACGCGAUCAAGUUUGUGCCUUGUUGCAACGCGGAGGAUUUCAGCUAAGGAAAUGGACGAGUAAUAAGUCAGAGUUGCUUACGGACAUUUCCUCACAGAAUCACGGCCUCGCUUGCAAUAAAUUGCUGAAUGCUAACGAAAAUUUCAAUGUGCUCGGUAUCUCGUGGAACCCCGCUACCGACAAUUUUCAAUUUCAAGUAUCUCUCUCAGCAAUUCCGCCUAAAACAAAACGCACUAUUUUAUCUACGAUUGCCAAGCUUUUUGAUCCGAUCGGAUGGGCUACCCCAGUUACGAUUACCGCGAAAAUCUUUAUGCAAAAGUUAUGGCGUUUCAAUCUCGAUUGGGACACAAAUAUUUCGAACCAAAGCUCAAAGGAAUGGGAAAAAAUUUACAUAACACUAGCUUCACUUGACAACGUAAAAAUUGCUCGAUGGAUAAAUCGCGGGUCAGACACAGAACAAUGCGAACUUCACGGGUUUGCCGAUGCUUCGUCUGUCGCAUAUGCCGCCGCGGUUUAUAUUCGAGUACGAUCGAUCUCGGGAAAAAUCACAACUACGUUACUCGCAAGUAAAGCAAAAGUCGCUCCUAUCAAGCCGAUGACGAUACCGAGACUUGAAUUGUCAGCAGUAGUUUUACUCGCGCGACUUUUAGAAUCAAUUCAAGUCGCGCUGAACUUACAGCACAUCGAGAGUCACUGCUGGACAGACUCAACAGUAGUAUUAUCUUGGUUAAACCAGCACCCUUCUAAAUGGAAGACAUUUGUGUCUCAUCACGUAGCGUUAGUACAAACAAAGCUACCAAAUACGCAAUGGCAUCACGUGCCAUCGGAGGAGAAUCCAGCUGACUGCGCCUCGCGCGGACUCCUACAAACAGAACUCUCGUCAUACCCUCUUUCGUGGAACGGUCCACAGUGGCUAAAAAUGCCAUCUUCAGCAUGGCCAGUCUUUGAUUUCUUGCCACAGGACGCGAUCAUAGUAGAAGCUAAAUCCGUUACAGUUCAAUCGACUCAAAUUAACGAGUCGUGGGAUUUAGCAAGCAAAUAUUCCAGGUGGCGAAAACUCGUUCGAGUUACGGCGUAUAUUUUUCGAUUCCUCGACAAUUGUCGCAUAAGCGCGAAACGAGAAAAUAACACGCAGACAAGUCCUUUCGCCGUCUCAGCAAACGAAUUUGAAAGGGCAAGUUUGUUUUGGCUAAAGACGAUUCAAAAGGACAUGUUUUCGAGCGAUCUGAAAGCGCUUCGACAACGUCAACAACUCUCUCCUCGAAGCUCGAUACGAUCAUACGAUCCGUUCAUUGACGAACAAGGAUUGAUCCGGGUUGGUGGACGGUUGCAGAAUUCAAAUCUUCCAUACAAAACAAAACAUCCUAUUCUUCUCACAUCUCAUCCACUUAUCACGCUGUUGAUUCGUGACGCUCAUGUUCGAUCUCUCCACGCAGGAUAUCAAUUGACUCUUUCCAUUCUAAAGCAAGAGUACCUAAUAUUACGAGCUAGAACACUAGUCAAAGCAGUCAUAUAUCGAUGCGUGACAUGCGCUCGUGAACGAGCCUCACGCCCCACUCAACUCAUGGGCCAACUGCCACGCGCUCGCGUGACCGUCUCAUCACGAGCAUUUCAGCAUUGCGGAGUAGAUUUUGCGGGACCCAUUGACACUCGAGCUUCAUCCGGUCGCGGGAUCAAAUCUAUCAAGACAUACAUUGCAGUAUUCAUAUGCUUGGCUACUCGAGCAAUUCACCUUGAGUUGGUAGGAGGAUAUUCAACUCAUGACUUCUUAAAUGCUUACACGAGGUUUUGUGCCCGUCGAGGAUUGCCGUCUGACAUGUAUUCAGACAAUGGAACGAACUUUAUCGGGGCAGAACAAGAAUUAGCAAGGGCUUACAAUGACGCAUUGAGAGAUCCAGAUUUUCUCAAUCAAACAGCAUCAGACAAAGUUUCCUGGCAUUUUAUGCCCCCACAUGCUCCUCACUUCGGAGGGCUUUGGGAGGCAGGAGUACGCAGCGUAAAAUAUCAUUUAAGGCGACUCCUCGGUGCGCAUAAAUUAACUUUCGAAGAGCUUACCACUCUUCUAAGUAAGAUCAAAGCAUGCCUAAAUUCUCGACCUCUCGGACCUCUCACUGCGUCUAUCGAUGACUACGAGUCAUUGACUCCGGGGCACUUUCUCAUCGGGACCGCUCUAACUACGUAUCCCGAACCCUCUGUUUUACAUUUAACUGAAAAUCGCCUGUCACGAUGGCAGCUUGUACGACAACUUGUCGAACGGUUCUGGAAAAUUUGGCAAGCCGACUAUAUAAAUACACUACAACAAAGGAGCAAGUGGCGAACGAAACAACCUUCGGUUAAAAUCGGAACCAUGGUAUUAUUGAGAAAUGCCACAUUACCGCCAUGCAAAUGGCACAAGUUAAAUCCUGUAUACGUCCGAGCAAAUAAUACGAAGCACGACCACGUCGCGAUCACGGUUGACAAUCGUGCGAGUCACCUGCUCCGUACUACGAACGGGCAUGAUCGGAGUGUGAUCGGGCCUCGCGCCACCGAGCGAAAUUUCAAUAUUUUCAGACAAUCGGCGAAGCUCGAACAGUAA